AUGGAGAAGUUUGGUGUGAAACAUAAGGUGGCAACCCCUUAUCAUCCUCAUACAAGUGGACAGGUUGAAGUCUCCAAUCGAGAGAUAAAGAGUAUUUUGGCCAAGACUGUCAAUGCAAAUAGGACCGAUUGGGCUUGGAAGCUUGAUGGUGCUCUUUGGGCCUAUCGGACUGCCUACAAAACUCUGAUUAGGACUUCUCCUUUGAGACUGAUUUUUGUUAAAACUUGUCAUCUACCAGUUGAGCUUGAGCAUAAGACCAUAUGGGCCUUGAAGAAGUUGAUUAUGGAUUGGGAUAAAACAACUAAUCCUCAAUUAAAGCUGCUACUGGGCAAGUUGAAAUCAAAGUGGUCCUGUCCUUUUGAGGUGGUAAGUGUUUCACCCCAUGAGGCGAUUGAAUUGACGUCCGGAGAUGGAACUCAGACAUUUAAGGUGAACGAACAGAGGAUAAAGCACUACCAUGAUUGCAUUGACGGGGAUAAAAUUGUUGAUGCAUACUAA